GUCCUGGUAAGGGUACAAGGGUUCAGUGAUGGUGGGAGGAAGUCAGCUGGAGAACGCCAAUCCGCUCAUUUACCGACGGGCGGGGGAGCGGCAGGUUACUGCUCAGGAGGAGGAUGAGGACGCUACGGACAGGAUCGAUGACCGGGAGAUCUUUGAUCUGAUUCGCUGUAUAAAUGACCCCGAACAUCCACUCACACUGGAGGAACUAAACGUGGUUGAAGAAAUUCGAGUGAAGGUAAGUGAUGAGGAGAACUUGGUGUCUGUCGAGUUUACCCCAACCAUUCCACACUGCAGUAUGGCAACGCUGAUCGGCCUCUCCAUUAAAGUAAAGCUCCUGCGCUCUCUGCCGGAAAGGUUUAAGGUGGACGUCCAUAUAACUCCCGGCACCCACGCCUCUGAGCAUGCCGUGAACAAGCAGUUGGCAGACAAGGAGCGAGUCGCAGCCGCUUUGGAAAAUUCCCAUUUGCUGGAAGUAGUCAACCAAUGUUUAUCCGCGAGGUCCUUGGCUUAACUUGGCCGUUCUGCUGAGUGGUUAUGGGUACCCAGAAUGCACUCUUGCCGCUGUCAUUUGAAUAGCAAAAGCCAGAUUUCUCUCUCUAUUUAUGUUUCUAACCAGAGCCAAUCCAUUCAGUCCUAUUCCAUACCCACACAGUUUCCAGAGCAGGACUGGUAGAUUCAAGUUACACCCUGCACGGGUUUAGUGUAUUCUAUCAAGACUGAUACCAAAUUCAUUGUCUUUGAGAUUAAAGGUGUUUUUUGUUA